AUGAACAAGAAGCGAAUGCCUCGCGAUCACACAACUCCGAUGCUCGUGGCUGUCUUGUCGAUAUUUCUCGUCGCAGAACUUCCUCAGGGGAUGUUGCACGUCUGCAAUGCCAUCUACUCCAAUGAAACAUUUUAUCAGAGGAUAUACUUACCACUUGGAGAUCUGAUGGAUUUGUUAUCUUUGCUCAACUCGGCUGUGAAUUUCCUGAUUUAUUGCGCUAUGAGCCGAAAAUUCCGGAAUGUAUUCAUGCAGACGUUCCUUUCGUGUCUGCCUGAUCCACUUUAUAGGAAGUUCUUGCAAGAUUGGCCGGCAUUGGCCGAGUUGGAAAUGUCACGACACAAGCCAUCUGGUCUUACUGAUCCGACUAGGAGUGAACAGCUGGCUCUCACUUCACAUCGGGUCUCGGCUACUUCAAUGCUCAUACAUGCAGCAGCUAAAGAGAGCACAUCAAAAAUGUACACAGGGAAUCUACUCUCUGUCGAUCCCCCUCGUGCCAGAGUUAGCUUUGACGCACAUCCUGCAACGGACCUGUUAGCGAGAAACAGUCUGGAAAUCCACGAAAUCCGUUUGGUAGUUCCUGAUACCAACAGGAAACCUGCCCUUCUCUCAAAUCCGCUAACAAAAAUUCGUCAUCUAUGGGAGACCGGUGCCAGCCCGAUUGAGAGCAGUCCGCAGCGCCGACUCAAUUUGAUAAAAUGCGAGACCCAGUACUGA